AUGUCCACCCGGUGGACAUCCCCAGAUGGUGAUGCCGUGUUUGGCGUGUGCUGCUGCCUCCACCUGCCGCAGCUCUUCUCCACCUGCAUGGCCUUCUCGCUUGUGGCUGACAUGGGCUUUGGGAGAGGGGCCAUAGGUAACUGGGCCAUGUCCUUCUGGUGCGUCUGUUUCGCCAUGACCUUCAUCAUUACCGUAGUUGAGUAUUGCAGGCGCUGGUCCAGCUUUCCUUUCUUCUGGCACAACAUCUCUGUCACCUACGCCUGCUACGCUGCCCUCAUCUGCCUCUCGGCCUCCAUCAUCUACUCCAUCACCUAUGUCCAGUUCAUGCCUUACGGUCCUUACCGGGACCGGGCAAUCGCCGCCACUGCUUUCUCCUGCAUCGCGUCUGUGCUGUAUGUCAUAGAAGUGACCGGGAUGUGGUACUGGUAUGAUCUCGAGCAGAUCUUCUUCUAUAAGAAUACCAUGUCAGCCCUGCUGAAGGUGCUGGAGACCUCCGUGGCUGGUGUCAUCUUCGCCUUCCUCAGCAGCACCUCCCUGUACCUGCACCAGCCGGCCCUGGAGUGGUGUGUGGCCGUGUACUCCAUCUGCUUCAUCCUGGCAGCUGUGGUCCUCCUGCUGGGCCUGGCUGAAUGGAAAUACAUGCUGCCCAGGCCCUUCUCCAUUUUCCAGCUAGUGCUCACCCUGCUCUCCGUCCUCCUCUACAUCAGCGCUCUGGUCCUCUGGCCACUCUACCAGUUCAGCGAGGAGUUCGGCGGGCAGCCCCAGAGGCCCAGCGAUGGGGACUGCGAGGACGAGCUCACCUACGACAUGUGCGCCUGGGACCAGCGUCUGGCUGUGGCCGUCCUGACAGCCAUCAACCUGCUGGUUUAUGUGGCCGACCUGGUGUACUGGGUCCGCCAGGUCUCUGUAGGGACUGAGGACCAGCCUGGGGACUCCUGA